AGUAGGUAUAAAAGUUGUUAUAGGCCAGAUAAAGACAAAUAUACACAAAAAUAAAAUAAAAAGGAGAAAACUACAGCUCUUAUAUGAAGGGUGAAGUGUAAUUUAAGAUGUUCUGUGCAGUAAAUAGCAACUUAAAGUGACACUUGAUGAUUUAAAGUCACAUGAUGUGAUCAGCAAGUAAACAUCAGGGUUCAGCAUAACAAUUCAGUUUGACUCAGAAAACUUUAUUUGUCCAGUCUAACACACUAACAUGGUCUAGUAUGGAGUUAUACAGUAAGAUUUGAGGUAUAAUAUAGUAUAAAGUGCAACACAUAAAAUAAAGAAUAGGACUGUAGAAAUCUUAAAAAAGGAAGUAAAACCUAUUUAAAAACUUUAAAACGCUUCCGCCUUGUUGACUCCUGCUCCCUCACAGCUGACUGCUGCUCAUAAUGAAACACGGGACAGUUUAAACGGGUCACACGUUACCGACUCAAAGCUCAUUGAUCAACACGGUUGUCAUUCUUCUUCUCCCUGAUCCGCCCCUCGGCGCUCUCAUUGGUCCUUGGGGACGUCAGUCAAAGUGGAUUCCAGCUGUAAUAGGGCCAGAGCUCGUUCUAAGGUUCCUCUGCGACAACGCCCCCUGGGAGCGCAAUCUCGACAUGCCAUUGGUCAAACUGUCAUCCAUCGACCGACGUGCAAAUUUACCGCGCUGCGAUUGGCUUGGUUGGUUUUCAAUCACGCGGACACCUCGCGCUGAUUGGUCGGCGUGGCUGUUCGUCAACGGCCCAUUGUCCGUGGAUUGGUGCAGGAGCGCGGGCGGGAUUCCUCCAUGGGCUCGGUCUUCAAGGCUCGCGGAGAGCGAAUGUCGUCAUGAGCGAACAACAGGACAGUAUGGCCACCACUGUUGCUGUCAGUCCCAGUGAAUACCUCCAGCCUUCCACCGCUUCCACACAAGACACCCAGCCGUCUCCUCUGGCCCUCUUGGCCGCCACCUGUAGUAAAAUCGGCCCUCCUGCUGCUCAGGCUCCUGUCACCUCUCCUCCAGCACAGCCGCAGCCCCGCAGGCUCCUCCCCAUUAAGCCGGCGCCAAUUGCCCCCGCUCCACCCAAAAACCUGGGUUUCCUUUCAGCCAAGGGCAAUGUGAUUCAGCUCCCUGCCGGCCUGGGCUCCACGACGCCUGGCAGUCCUAUCGUGCUCACCAUCCAGCAGAGCCCGGCCCGCACCAACACCGCGGCCCCCGCCAACAUCCAGUACCAGGUGGUGCCGCAGAUCCAGGGGGCCCAGACGAUCCAGGUGAUGCCACAGGGAGGUCAGAUCCAGCUUAUCCCCGGCACCAACCAGGCCAUCAUCACCACUCCCAUGACUGUCCCGGCCCCCGCGGCCGCCGCCACCCCGGUCACACCGCAGAAGACUGUAGCCAUCAAACCCUCCCCCAAGUUACGCAAGCCAAACAACUCUGCUGCAAACAUGGUGCAGCUACCCAGCGGGCUCACGCUGCCGCUCAAUGUGGCGACCGGAGAGGUGGGCGGGACUCAAAUCAUCACGGAGACGGCAGCUGCACCUCCCACCCCAGGAAAGGGGCGACGAGGGAGGAAGAAAAAAGUAGUUCUAGCAGCUCCACCUCCUCCUCAGCAGGCUGCCUCUCCACCCCCAGAGCAGAUGGAGACCAUCCUGAUCGAGGCUGGUGACAACAUCAUACAGGCAGGUAACAACCUACUGAUCGUACAGAGCCCCGGGCAGCCGGCUGUGGUGCAGCAGGUCCAGCUGGUCCAGUCCAAACCGGAGUCUCAGGUGGUUCAGAUCCCCCAGCAGGCCUUGAAGGUGGUGCAGGCCGCCUCCGCCACGCUACCGCCCGUCCCACAGAGGCAGUCGAUCCCCUCGAGCCUGCAGGUCACUCAGGCGGACUCAACACCAACGCAGAUCCUCUUCAAAACAGCGGCGGGCGAGUGGCAGUCUGUUCAGCUCCAGGACUCGGUAUCCACGACAACGACACCCACCACCUCGGUCGUCACCACCACCACCUCGCCACCGGCCAGCGCGAAGAGGGCGCUCGCGGGGGGAAGGAAAGAACGGACUCUGGCGAAAAUUGCUCCGGCGGGGGGGAUGAUAGCGCUGAACACGUCGCAGCUCUCCUCGGCAGCUCAGGCGGUUCAGACGAUCAGCAUCAACGGGGUCCAAGUCCAGGGAGUUCCUGUCACCAUCACCAACGCAGGGGGCCAGCAGCACCUCACGGUCCAGACGAUGCAGGGCGGAGGGCUCCAGCUGGCAACAACGCAGGGCCAGCAGGCCAUCCAGGUAGACCAGACCCUCACCCUGGAGCUGCCAGGCCAGCCAGGAGAGAAGAAGCGACGGAUGGCCUGCACCUGCCCGAACUGUAAAGACGCAGACAAAAGGCCCGGGGAAGUGGGGAAGAGGAAGCACAUCUGUCACGUCCCCGGCUGCGAGAAGACGUUCAGGAAAACGUCGCUGCUCAGAGCUCACGUCCGGCUGCACACCGGCGAGAGGCCGUUCGUCUGCAACUGGGUUUUCUGCGGGAAACGUUUCACACGCAGCGACGAGCUGCAGCGACACGCCAGGACGCACACAGGAGACAAGCGCUUCGAGUGCAGCCAGUGUCAGAAGCGCUUCAUGAGGAGCGACCACCUGACGAAGCAUUACAAGACUCACAUAAACACCAAGAACCUGUGAGCUGCCUGUUUACAGAGCGUGUACGCAGACAGACUCUCUCAAACUCAAGACUGUAUUAAGAGGACGGAGGGGUGGAGGAGACGUUACCAAGGGAGUGUCUGAGACUUGACCCGGUGCGGGAAAUACUCCACACAAAAAAAGUCCCCAUGUCCCCCCUCAAUCCUCUAGGACACUGUAGCUUGGUGUACAAUGACAUCCUACCUGGUGGACUUCAAACUGAUCCAGCAAAUUAAUUAAUAAUAGUUAAACUUUGUUUUUCUUCUCUCUGGUCUGAGCGGAGGUCCAGAACCAGCUCCGACUUGGACGAGUAAGGCGUCGAGGUGGCGAGGCUUCAGAUGCUUAACUCUUGCUUGCUUAUUUAUAAACUGCUCUGGCGGGAAACACAGAAUAAUUCAGACUCCAACACCAAAACCGCAGGACUCCAGCUCUCCCUCCUCCUUUUGUUUUGGUUUUUUUUGUUUUGUUUUGUUUUCUCUCUACAAAAUCCUUCUCGUUUUGUCUUUUAGCUUGUCUGGUGCUGAACAUCGGGAGCUCCUUACAAAUUGGCUGUCAGAAAAGGAGAAAAUUCAACACCAUGUUUUGUAAAUAGAACAGAAGUUUGUUACCCAAGUAGAAUGGUAAUUUAGUUUUAAGCUAUUUGUUUUUCAGCAGGAGUCUCUGCUGAUUUAAGAAUCUGUAUCCCCCCCAAAACAACAAAUUUGGGACCAUUACAUAAAAACCUCCCAGAGAAGACUUUUGAAAACCUCUAGAAGUUUACAUCGGCUAUUUUUAAAAUGUAAAUGCAAACUAUUAUAAUAUUAAUAAUGAUAAUAAAACUAUUUAUACAUUUUUUUCAUACAAUUGUUACAAGUUGAUUUACAAAAUAGGCAUGUGGACAAAGAUUAAAUGAGACUCAGAGUUUAAAAACAGGCCCAGGAGGAAGUUAAAGGAGUAUUUCAUCAUGUGCACGUUUGUUUUGAGGGAUUUGGCUCGAGCUCUUCCUGCAGAGUGAUCCUGGCGUCUCUGACGGCAAAGUCACUCGGCUGCCAAGACCCGCAGAACAAAACAGCAGCACUUCAGGCUGUGCUGAGCCCUGGAAAGAGUUGGACGUGCUCUUCAGGGCCAGAAGUCACUGUGCCUUAAAAGUUGUCAUUAAAAUUUCCAAACAAAACGGGCAGAAAGUGAAGAGCAGAUGGAAUUUGAGUCGUGUGGGGAAAUCUUAGUGGAAAAUAUGCUUAAAGUCUGAAAGCAACGAGAUGAACGUCAAAAAUUUCAAGGUCAACAGUCGUCACAGAAGAUUAUAAUGGUAAUUAAAACAAACUUCACAGCUUAGUAAGGUUUAAAAUGCUGUCUUGGGUUUGGUUGAUGGAGUUUUGUGUGCAGCAGUGACGUUUUUGACGUCAACAUUGUGGAAAUCUGGCUUUCUGAAAGGCUGUCGAUGAGGGAUUUGAAGCGGCUGGAGUCGCAGUUUUAUUGGCAGAAGGAAACACAGGAGAGAGAGACGACAACAGAAAUAAGUUAGUAUUUCAUCUUCCGCUUCCCUCGUCUUUGAGUCAGUUGUGUUUUUUUUAAUAUCAGUAUUUGAUUAAAUCUCUGAAAAAAGGUCUGUGGUUCAGAGAUUUACAUGUUUUGCUCUACAACUGAAAAUACAUCAUUUGCAUUUUGAAGCUUUUUCUUAAAAUCGAUGUCUAAAUGAGACUAAAAAAGUAAAAGACCUGAUCUAACUCUAACUUUAGAAUUUGUAGAGUGGUUGAAAUGUUUUUCUUCAGAGCGAUACCAACUAUUUGGAAUCCACCUUUAUAACAAUAACAGAUAAUUGGAAUAGAUAUGCCUUUGCAGUAAAAAAACAAAAUGUCAGAGUUAAGAAUAACUAUCGAUUGAAAGUAACUAACUAGAAUUUACUCAAAUGCUGAACUUGCUGCUUGACACUCCACUAGAUUUAUUUGAUAACCGUAGUUACCGGUUGCUUUCCUUGUUCAGAUUAUUCAGCGUUAGUCGUUAAAAUCAUAAACUGAUGUUUGUUUGUGAAGAUUAUCUUGCUGAUUUCAGUAUCGUGAACUUGUGUUUGCCACAGAUCUUAUUUCAAUCUUCAGACUCUCUGUUACAUGUAACAAAAGAUCGCCGGCUGGAUUCGAACCGUUGCUCAAUCCUAACAAAAUUACAGAUAGGACAUAAUGUCACAAAGUGUAAACAUGUAACGGGAGAAUAAUAAGGAACCCAGGAUUGAACCUUGUGGAACACCAGAUGUGAAAGCAAAACAAAAAUUCAGAGUAAACGGCAAGCGGUUUGGUUCGGAUGGUGUCUUAAAUGCUCCGCCCAGAGAGAAGCGCUGCAAAAACUCUCAACCUUCUUCCUUUCCUGUGGUGUCAGAGAUGGCUGAGCAGAUUUUUUUUUGAUAACCCUGAAACAGAUCCAAGUUUGAGGAUAAAGGUCAAAGGAUUAAUUCAGUGGGAUAUUAGUGAUGGGAGGAGCGAGUCGGCUCUCAGCUGGUCUUCCCCUCCUGGAUGCCACGCCAGGUACGCUAACGUCUCGGGGCUGGGUAUCGAACUGUGAUGCUUCUGUUUGGUCCUGACUGGUACUGAAAUGUGUCCCAAGCCGUGAAUAUCGAAGCUGUCGAGUAUCGAGAGUCGGAGCUGAAUGUUUGGUCGGAUUCAUACUUUUUAGAUUUUCUAGUUUUAGACAUUUUUUCUGUUCUUCGAUGGCUUUAUGUUUUUAAGCUUUUAACAUCAACCUAAAACUUCUUUUGUUAAUUGAAAGGUCUUGUUUUUGUUUUGUUUUUUGUUUUUUUUUACUUGACAGGUUUUUUUCAUUCUGGGGUUUAUUUUAUUAAAAAAAAAAAAAAAUCUUUAUACUUCUUAAAGUAAAAAGUACAAAUUUGGUACAUUUACCUGACGAUACCCAGCCCUACUUUAAACUUUGUGUACUAAUUAUUAUAACUGAAUUCUGGGGCAACUCUGCCUUUUCUGCUUUACCUACAGUAUAUCUUUGAGUUGAUGAUUCGUAGCCUAUGCAUCGCUGUAUAUAUGACUCAGAUUUCCAAUUAUUUGGCCUGACUUGACAAUCACGUCUCGAGAUGGAAACAAAAAACUAAAACUUUCUCAGGCCUUUGUUCAGUUACUUUGUACAUGACCUUUUUUUUCCCAGCUAUGUGAUAGCUUUAAAUCUGAAUUAACACCUGAGAAGUUGUUUUUUUGUUGAUAUACAGGUAACCAGCAUUAGGCCUACUGUACAGUAUUCACACAAGUUAAUAUCUUUUUGCUUUACAGGAAACAUUCUGUUGCUCAUAUCGUUUUUUUUUUAUAUGUAUGUUGAAGAUGUCCUGAUCUUUUGCUAACAGGUCAUCGGUCAGUUUGAAGUCCGGCCUGUGUGGGAGUUCCUUUCAUUGAAUAGAAAUACACCGACUUAUUGUCAGAUAGGCUUCCUGGUCAGAUUUAGCGCGGCGCCAUCAGACGAGCGUGUAUGUUACGUUUCCACUGUGGCGUGUUCGAUACUGUGACGUACAUGUUUUUCGUGGCGGGUUGUUGCCUCGCUACGAAACAUACGUAACAACAACUUCUAUGACCAAAAUAAAAAUGAAAGCUAAAGUCAGAUUUAUUUUUUAAAGCACUUUGACACAGUUUUCCUCAAAGUGCUUCACGCGGUGGGGGGCAACAGAUGACGUAAAGCUUAGGUGGCCAAUAUUUGGUGUAUUUUUUCAAGAAUGUGUCUGAAGACAUGCGAUGCCAUUGGGAUGGACAGACGGAGCCUGCUCAUAUUUAUGUUUGUAUUUCAUGUCUGAAUAUGUAAAUACAGUGUGUGUCUGGUAGACACAGUAAAUGUAGGAUAUUAGAGAACAAAAGUUAAGCUGCCUAGUGUUGCGGUUGGCGCGGCCAGCCUUGAAGGAAGUGGACUUUGUACAGCGUGUAAGGAAUAAAAUAUAAUGUGACAUUGUAUAGCUUCAUUCCUGCUUUGUAUAAGACUUCUAGAUCUUUUUUCUAUUGAAUUAAAGAUGCCUUAGACAGCUGCACCCAGUAUUUAAAGAUGUUUUUGUUUUUUCUCUGUCUAAUUCCAGGUAACAACAUUUGUAAAAUUCCUUUUUGUGUUUUUAACUUAUGUUACAUGCUAAUGUAAUGUGCACUGAUUUAAAGUCCCAGGUUUCCAACAAUUUGUAAAUUUAAUCUUGAUUGUAAUUUAAAAAAAUAUAUAUAUAAUGAGAUUUUUUUUUCCAAAUUAAGACAUUUCUAUUGCUCGGUUUCUGUGAAUUAGAUGCUUUUCUCCUUCUCCCAGCCGAUAUGUCACAUAAUGUUCUGCAGCCAGUUGUUGUGUUUAUCAGGAGAAACCAGAGAACCAGCAAUUUAUUUUUUAAUUUGUAUGAAGGUGCUAAAACAUGAGGUUUGCUCCUUUUCUACAACCCCCCCUCAAUAAAGAACUUAAACUGCU